UUCAGGGCAACAAAACCUUAACACUCAUACACGGAAACUAGAGAAAAGCUCGUCGUAACACUGACAAUCUUCAACAGAAACUAUCCAAAAAACACAACAUUAGGCAAGACAAGCCAGUGAUCACGAUGUCAAAAAAUAAGGAGCUCGUUAAAGCUCACUCUCGUGCACCCCGAUUUCGAGAAAACACGAGACUUAUGCGCGUGCAUGAAUCCAUGGUAGAUUUCCUAAAAGGAGGUCCCCCUUCAGGCUCUUUACUGGAUGUCGUUGCUUCCAGUUUCUUCGGUUUAGAUAUUUUAAAUAUAGAUGAAGAGAACGACUUAAUAUAUUCGGAUGAUGACGAUGAUGAAGCUCCUCCACAAGAUCCUUACAAGCAAUUAGAGCCACAUCCACGAAUUAAGCAGCUGACUGAUGAGGAGGCAGAUAAACAGGCAAAGGAAUUGAUAGAAGAAGAAGAACGUAAAGGGAGGAAUAAAAAGAAGAACAAGCAUAAAAAAUUGCGUAAAAAAGAAAAGAAACGAUUAAAAAAAGAAAAUGCAGAGAAAAACAGUUUACCUGAGGAAGAACAAGAGAAGUCAGACUCCUCAGAAAGUCCAGAAGAAAAUCGUAUAGUUGAAAAAAAGACAGAAUCAAAAGAAAAAGAAUCUACUGCUGUAUCUGAUAAAACUGGAACUGAAUCAGGACGUGAUGAGAUCAGUAAAAUUGAUAAAGAAAUAGGAGAACCCGAGAAGAAGAAUAAAGACCGUGAAGAGGCCACAGAGAAUACGGAGUUAAAUACUUCACAUCCUUCUAAUACUGAAUCGGCAGCAGAGGAGACGCAUCACUACACACAAGAAACUAAAGAGAAAAGUAAAACGGUGGAAGACGAGGAGGCAAAAACAAAAGUAACAGAGGAACCUGAGGGUGGAAAGAAGAAGGAGAAAGUUCAUAUGAAGAAGGAAAUGAAAAUGGAUGUAAUUAAAGAGAAUACGGAGUUAAAUACUUCAUAUCCUUCUAAUACUGAAUCGGCAGCAGAGGAGACGCAUCACUACACACAAGAAACUAAAGAGAAAAGUAAAAUGGUGGAAGAUGAGGAGGCAAAAACAAAAGUAACAGAGGAACCUGAGGGUGGAAAGAAGAAGGAGAAAGUUCAUAUGAAGAAGGGAAGGAAAUAUGUAAUUAAAGAGAAUACGGAGUUAAAUACUUCACAUCCUUCUAAUACUGAAUCGGCAGCAGAGGAGACGCAUCACUACAAAUUGGAAAAUAAAGAGAAAAGUAAAACGGUGGAAGAACAGGAGGAAAAAACAGAAGUAACAGAGGAACCUGAGGGUGGAAAGAAGGAGAAAGUUCAGAUGAAGAAGGGAAGGAAACAGAAUGUAAUUAAAGAGAAUACGGAGUUAAAUACUUCACAUCCUUCUAAUACUGAAUUGGCAGCAGAGGCGACGCAUCAAUACACACAAGAAACUAAAGAGAAAAGUAAAACGGUGGAAGACGAGGAGGAAAGAACAGGAGUAACAGAGGAACCUGAGGCUGGAAAGAAGGAGAGAGUUCAGAUGAAGAAGGAAAUGAAACAGGAUGUAAUUAAAGAGGAACCCAUGGAUCCUGCUGUACUAGAAUUUGCACAAAGAAGUAGAGACCUGGCAGCUGUUGGAAAUCGUCUGGCCGCUGCUGGACAGUAUGAGAUGGCGGUGAAGUAUUUUACUGACGCCAUUAAAUACAAUCCAAGGGAAACCAGGUUGUUUGGAAACCGUUCCCUGUGUUAUGAGCGAAUGCAUCAGUAUGAAAACGCUCUGAGUGACGCUGACGUGGCUCUCACCAUGGAACCGAACUGGACCAAAGGGUUAUUCAGGAAAGGGAAAGCUCUGUGUGGGCUCAAGAAAUACUACGAGGCUUCGUUGGUUUACAAUGACGUGUUGAAACUGGACAGUUCGAGUAAAGAGGCCAUGCAGGAGCUGAAACGAGCGCAGACGUUGCAUCUCAUGGAAAUGGGGUUCACCUGGGCACAGAGCUGUGAUGCCCUAAAAACCCACGCAACAUUAGAGGAGGCUGUCGAAGCUCUGUUCUGCGGUGGACACAGUCUGGCUUCUGGAGGUGCUGGUGCCGGUGCAGAUUCGACGGUAUGGAGGCCGACGCAGGAAGACGGAGGUGCAGAGACAGAAUGGACAGUCCAACAAGCGAGCCGUCCUCGAACGCAGCACACCAAGGAAUCCAGCAGUCAGAACCAAGCGACUCCUGUGCCAAAGAGUUCUACGAAGCCGCAGGUGUUCUCAGUCUGGGUGGGCUCUAUGGCUCCGACCAUCACCUACACCAUUCUCCAUGAGGUCUUCAGCAGAGCUGGGAACGUUUGCAGCAUCAAAAUGCUACUGGAGCAUAAAUGCGCCUUCGUCAACUACGCCAAGAAGCAGGACAGCGACAGAGCCAUCCAGUGCAUCAACGGUAUGGUGGUGGAAGGCGUUCCUCUGUUGGUGCGUUAUCCCAGUAGAAACCAUACUGGACUCAGUGUGCCUAAGUGGGCCACCGGGGACCCUUCAGCCCAGUCCGGAUCAGGCAUGUACAAGAAGGAAUGUUUUUUCUGGCGGACGACGGGCUGCAACCGAGACGACUGCAUCUACAGACACGUCCCCGAACACAAGGGCCUGGACAAGGACAAGUUCACCAGUGGACUGGGAACCACCUUCACGUAAAGACGCCAACGUCACAAACGCAUCACUAAUGUCCAACAGCCGUGGUUUUAUUUUCAGGUUGAUCGGCAUUUCCUCUUGUAGUAUUUUUGUAGACUCAUCUAAAACGAGCUUUGCAUUUUGCAGUAGAGUUUUUGUCAGGAGUAGUUUCUGUUUUGACCCAUAAAGACCCAAACAGCGACUGGCAAACAAGAGCUUCUACAGAUCUGAUGUGUUUAAUAACUUCUGACCCAUUAAACCUAUCAAUACUUUAAAAGAAUUCAGGUAAAAUGCAGUUCUUCAUCUUUUCAAGGUCAUCAGAUAUGACCCAUUUGGACGUUC